UCAGCUCGGAUUUCCUCUCUGCUCGCGGUCCCUGCAGCUGCUGCGCCACUACGAUGCUCUCACUGCAACAUUAGCAAACACAUUCCCCAAUUUUCUAGCCCUUAAGUGGGGGGAUUCCUGUCGUUUUCUUUAUUUAGUUUUUGUACUUUUCCUUAUUUUCCUUGGUUUAACAAACCGCCGCAGGUCUCGUCGAUAUGCCUAACAUCGUGCUUUUUAGCGGGAGCUCCCACCACGACCUGUCCCAGAAAGUGGCCGACAGGCUGGGGCUGGAGCUGGGAAAAGUGAUAACCAAGAAGUUCAGCAACCAGGAGACAUGCGUGGAAAUCGGGGAGAGCGUGCGAGGCGAGGACGUGUACAUUGUGCAGAGCGGCUGUGGCGAAAUCAACGACAACCUGAUGGAGCUGUUAAUCAUGAUCAACGCCUGCAAGAUCGCCUCCUCGUCCCGCGUCACUGCCGUCAUCCCCUGCUUCCCCUACGCCCGACAGGACAAGAAGGACAAGGUACAGAGUCGAGCUCCCAUAUCAGCCAAGCUGGUGGCCAACAUGUUGUCUGUGGCCGGAGCCGACCACAUCAUCACCAUGGACCUGCACGCCUCACAGAUCCAGGGUUUUUUCGACAUUGCUGUGGACAACCUGUACGCAGAGCCUGCCGUUCUGCAGUGGAUCAGAGAAAACAUCCCAGAGUGGAAGAACUGCAUCAUUGUGUCUCCAGAUGCUGGUGGAGCAAAACGCGUGACGUCCAUCGCGGACCGCCUCAACGUGGAGUUCGCCCUCAUCCACAAAGAGAGGAAGAAGGCCAACGAAGUGGACCGCAUGGUGCUGGUGGGCGACGUCAAAGACCGCGUGGCCAUUCUGGUGGAUGACAUGGCCGACACCUGCGGCACCGUCUGCCACGCUGCCGACAAGUUGAUUGACGCAGGAGCAAUAAAGGUCUACGCCAUCCUCACACAUGGCAUUUUCUCUGGUCCGGCCAUCUCUCGCAUCAACAACGCUCCAUUUGAGGCCGUGGUGGUGACUAACACCAUCCCACAGGAGGAGAAGAUGAAGGCGUGUCCAAAAAUACAGGUCAUCGACAUCUCUAUGAUCCUGGCCGAGGCGAUCAGAAGAACCCACAACGGCGAGUCAGUGUCCUACCUCUUCAGCCACGUACCCUUGUAAAGACCCGUGUGUGGACGGCCCUCGGCCCACUCUCCCGCUCUCUCCCUCUGUCUCUCUGGUUCGACCAAUCGGCUGCCACGUUUGGCCACAUCCUCCCGAUGAAACACUCAAUAAAAGGCCUCUCCGGGUUUUCUGGCCGCCCAAGUGUCGUCUUCGACGUUUCUCUCUCUCUCAAGAGACGGAGCCAAAUCUCACUUCCUCCUCUGAUGACCAAGUUUGUAUUUAUAAGCAUCUCUCUCUCUCAUUCUGUUCUCUUUUUUUCCUGUCAUGCCGACCUCAAACAGCAGAGGCCUCGCCUUCAUUUAAACCAAAGGGUCCAUUAUGUACCACUCUUAAUUAAUAAUUAUGUCAACCUGACUUAAAAAUAAAAGAAGCAUUCCAUUGUGUCAUGUGGUACAAACAUUUUGGCUGUUUCUUGCUUUUCAAAGUUCUAAAAUUAGUGAGAAUGUGCACCUUUUUUGUUGUUGAAAGUAUUAAAAUGAUAAAGUCUUAACCCUGAAGUUGCUCUAAAGCUCUAUGGACUUUGAUUGUAAUGUUAGUUUAAACCACGAGGUAAAUUAUGUUGACGGGACCACAUAUUUAAAGAAGAAAACUUGAUUUAAUCUAGUUCUGAGCCUCCCUGUAUGCUGUUGUUUCUUAUUUUGAUAUGUUGCUGCAACCUAGUGGUGGCUUAUCAGUACAACACCCUUCUCUGUCAAAUGUAAUGAUUUUCUUUCUCUCUCAACUCCCUGACAGGUUUCGUCGUUGAUUAAAGUGUCGAAUGUGAGGUGUUUUUUUUUUUUUUUGUUUGUUUUGUUUUUUUUCCUGGGUUGUUUUUUUUUUUUACCCAUUUUCCAAAAGGUCAUUAAAGUAAUUGAGCCCACAGCUUGAUUAUAGUGUUAAGAUUUCAACAAUGAUUGAUUUGUCACUAAAUAAAUAAAUAAAUAAAAGAGGAAUUGUCUAUAGCUGUCAUGGUGCACAGGUGUCACCGUAAAGAAGUGAAGAAAUCACUGGUGGGAAAAAAAAGCAUGAUUUAAUGUUUUAUAUGUAUGUAACACUUCAGGCUGUUUCCUUGACAAUAAAGCUUUGACAAUGA